AUGAUCAACAACGCGAGAAGAUUACCCUCCGGUUAUUUUGACAUGCCAGUUGAUUACAACCCGUCACCACCAUAUGAUAAUCCCCCAGUUGAUUACAACCCGCCACCACCAUAUGAUAAUCCCCUUCCAUCAGAUUUAUCAUCAAUCACAAUAGAUUCACCAAGAUUUGCAAGCAUUCAAUUGUCUUCCACUCAAUUAGAAUCGCAGCCAGAAUACAAUGACAUUCUAGUACAAGAUGAUUCAAAUUUUGUAGCUCAAAUAAACGGGCUUCCAACUCAAAAUAAUCAACCAAUCACCAGGAGAACGGAGACAAGAUAUACACCGUUAGAAGAAAUAGAAUCUCUAACAAGUAAUAUAACUCGACGUAUAAAAGAGGUCAAAGAUAAAAUGACAGUCAUCAAAAAUGUUGUAGAUGAAUUAGAGCAAAUACCGAAAGAAAGACAUGAUCUGAUAAAUAUCAACAAAAUUGACAUAGCAUUGGGAGAAAUAUUGGAAUUAAAAGACAAUCAUUUAACAACAGAACGAAAAAAAUUAGCUGAUUACGAGAUGAGACUCAUUCAAAUCUUGGAACAUAAAACGGAGCAAGAUAGAUUGGUGAAAAUUUUCAACAGACCACAAAUUCGUGAGGCAUCAGGGCCCACUACGUACUAA